AAUUAUAUUUCACAAAAGUUUGAAAGGUUUUGUGAUAACUUCGGGCGCGCUUCAUAGUAGCUUAUUUUUUCUUCACGAUUUUUUAAGGAAUUUCAGGUUAAAAUGUACAUGCAAGCCGAUCUCAAUGUGGAGGAAGAUGAGGACUCUCAGGUUACCUUUGGCGGCAGGGAAGGCAUCAUCUUUGCCAUAGACGCCCAAGCAUCUAUGCUGGAUGAGAAUGAAGGCAAAGAAGCAAAUUUGCGCCUGGCCAUGAAGGCGAUUGAAGCUUCAAUGAGGAAUCUCAUUGUGAGCAAUCAAAAGGAUCUUGUUGGCAUUGUCUUCUACAACACCGUCCAUAGCCCAAAGUCACGCUUUGAAGCGGAAUCCGUAGAGAUUGUUGUACCUGCCAAUAUGUGCAUCCUCCUCCCAAUGGAUACAUCAUCCGUUGAGAAUAUCACCUACGUACGGAAUUUCCAUGAAUCAGAUGAUCUCUUUGACUUCAGCACACGCUACGGAAGCUGCUCAGAUGCCAAAUUCGCCGAGAUGCUUUGGCUGUGUAUGCGAAUGUUCCAGAAGUGUGGCUACAAACUCCAAUCAUCGGCUAUUGUCCUCUUCACGGAUUGCGCGCAACCUCAUCCGCCGAAUAGCCAUGAACAGCAGCAGGCUUUUGUCAAGGCGAAAGAUCUCAAUCAACUUGAUGUGGAAUUUACGCUCAUCCCAAUGCAGGAGGACUUUGACCCAGCACCCUUCUACCGGGAGUUUAUCUGUACGGCAAUGGACAUUGACAUGGAGCACUUUGAACUGGAAGCAGCUGUGAGGGACAUUGAAGCUAUCUCCAGUAGAAUCUACAAGAGGAACUUCCGGAAACGCUGCAAUACCCACCUUAAAUUCCAUCUGGGCGAUGAUCUGGAGCUGAGUGUUGGUGUCUAUAGUUCCGUGAGGCAUGUUAAGUACCCAAAAGCCCUCAUGGUGCAUCGGAAUACCAAUGAGAUCAUCACCCGGAAGCGUGUUCAGGAGAUCCAAAACACCGACGAUGGGACCACUGUACCCUUGUUGCCGCACCAGCAGAAGAAAUGCCAGGAAAUUGGUGGGAAGAAUAUUGUUUUUACAACACAAGAACUCGCAACGAUGAAGACCCUCCUUCCGGCCGGGAUACGUCUCCUUGGCUUCAAACCACGCUCAUCCAUAUCCAUUUGCAACUACCUCAAACACGGUGCAUUCCUCUAUCCCGAUGAAAUGCGCAUUGCUGGCUCCACAAAACUCUUCCGGGCACUCUGGAAGCGUUGCUUGGACCGUCAAAAGGUGGCCAUUUGUGUGCUGACUCUUCGUCACAAGGCCACACCCGGAUAUGUGGCUCUCGUUCCGCAGGAUAAUGCAUUCCACGAUGGAGAUCAAUUGGAAUACAACGGAUUCUUGAUUGUUCACCUCCCCAAUAGGGAUGAUGUGCGUGAUUUUGAUGCAUUCAACCCCGAAGAGACCUCCGUGACGGCCGAAAAGAAUGAAUUAUUCGAGAAUAUGGUGAGAAAGUUGAAGUUCCGCUACAACCCAAAGGAUUUCAAUGAUCCCGCCCUGCGGAAUAUCUACAGCACCAUUGAGGCAUUUGCCUUCAAGACAGAGAGGGAGGAACAGGAGGAUACAACACUACCCAACACCGAGUAUCAAGAUAGUAAAAUUGCAGACAUUGUGUCAGCCAUUGCGGAGGAAUUUGGACAGUUGUCCACCAUAACGAAGCGCAAAGCUGUUGAAUCAAGCGGAAAUGUUCGUAAAAGCGCACGUACCACCCAAGAUGGCCCUCCUGCAGCGGAUGAAGCAGCAAUUCUCGAGGAAUUCCGUAAUGGUCGUGAAGAGAAGCUAACCGUUAGCACCCUACGUUCCUACCUUCAACAACUUGGCAUCUCCGGUAUCUCUGGCGCCAAGAAAGCCGUGCUAAUUGAUAAAAUUAAAGCUCACCACGACUUGUAAUAAACUUUUGUAAUACCUUUUGUAUUUUUGUUUGAAAUUAAUUAAAUAAAUUUUGUGAAUUCUUAAUGGA